CAGUAAAGGGAUUCAUUUUUUACAAAAAGGAUGAAUAAAAUUACAGCACUGUUCUUCUUUGCUCUUCCUUCUCUUAAGCCCUAAUGUACUAUUUCUUCUUUGUUUCUGGUACAAAUCGAAACUUUACAUGGUAUCAGAGCCGGGAAUAUUGUAGAUCUUCAUCUCCCGAGUCGAUCGAUGGUACCCUCGUCCAAUUCCGUUCAGGUUUGAUUUUCGUCUGGAUUCACUCACUUCGUCAAUUUCUCAGUUUCCGGCGAAGACUUGUUGGUUUCAUAGUGAUUUUCUCCUACUUUGUUGAGCUUUCACUCCGAUUGUUGGUGUAUUUUGUCGAAUUUCUCCGGUUUCGAGAUAAAGUUCGAAACUAGAGUUUGUGACUCUACACUCUACCUAGUCCGAAACAUCGUUAUCUUCAGUGACGUCGUGCAUUUGUUUUUCAAGGUUGUUCUUCUCCGGUUGCGAAAAAGGCUGGUAAACACGUUUUAUUUUCUAUAUUGUUUCUGCUGGUUAUUGAGCACUAUUGGUUGAAGUUAAAUCCUGUGGUAUAUUUCUGUUGAUUUUGUGGUAUAGUUUUGCUGGUGUUUCUCCGUCUAGUUUCAGUCAUGGCUAACGGGUCUAGUAGUACUACUGCUGAUUUUGAAUUUAUACCACGUGCUUCUAGUCCAUUAUUCCUUCAUUCGUCUGAUAUACCUGGGAUGUCCUUAGUUGCUGUUCCUUUUUCUGGUUGUGGUUUUGGUGGGUGGAGAAGGAGCAUUAUUGUGUCCUUGUCGGCUAGGAAUAAAAUUGCAUUCAUUGAUGGUAGUUUUCCUAAGCCGGCUGCUGGUUCCCCUGAGUCUAAACAGUGGGACAGGUGUAACAACAUGGUUAUAUCCUGGUUAACCAGCUCACUCACACCUGAGAUUGCUGAGAGUGUCCAUUAUUCUGACACUGCUGAAAGCAUCUGGAAACAGUUGAACAAUAGGUAUAGAACUAUUAGUGGAACAAAGAAAUUUAAAAUUAAAAAAGAAUUGGCUUCCACAUGUGAGGGACCUCUUGAUAUAGCUUCUUAUUUCAACAAGUUAAAGAAAUUAUGGGAUGAAUUGGGGGCUAUGGGUUCAAAUCAUGCAAAUACAUGCACUUGUAUUGCGAAUGAGGGUUUGUUGAGGGAAGAUGAAGAAAAUAAAGUUCACCAAUUCUUAAUAGGCCUGAAUGAAACUUAUAUAACUGUCAAAAGCAACAUCCUCAUGAUGAAUCCACUUCCUUCACUUGAUAAUGUGUAUAACAUUCUUCUGCAAGAUGAAAAGCAGAGACAAGUGACUCUCAAUACUCAUUUCACACAUGACCUAGCAUCUUUCAAUGCAAAUGCAACUACACCUAUUAUGUUUCCUCCUCAUUUUCAGCCCCAAAGGCAGUGCACUCAAAAGGUCAAUUUUGACUCACCUAAUCAGAGGCUGGUUCCUAAUCAGAACAAAGACUUAUCCUGCAAGUACUGCAAAAAGAGUGGUCAUACAAUUGAUAAGUGUUAUAAAUUGAUUGGAUUUCCACAAGGUUUCAAGUUUAACAAGGGCAAAAGGUUUGGGACUGCCGCAAAUGUUGAGUCUUCUGAAAAUUCUAAUUCUCCUACAAUAUCUGGUUCCAAUGGUCCAGUUGCUGGUAUACCUGGUCUUACUAUGGAGCAGUAUUCCCAACUCUUGAGUUUGCUGCAACAAUCCAGUCUUGUUGAUUCCAAUCCUCAACCCAACUUUGGGAGGUCUGCUAACUCUGCUGGGGAUGAUAUGCUUGAAAUUGCUGCCUUGAAAAGUUUUCUGGAUGACCAAUUUCGAAUAAAGGAUCUUGGGCUUCUUCAUUAUUUCUUGGGUAUUCAGAUUCAUUAUCACUCUUCUGGUGUUCUUUUGCAUCAACAAAAGUUCAUUUCUGAUUUGCUUGCUGAUUUAGAGUGUUCUGAUGUCUCUUCUGUUGUAUGCCCAUUGGAUUUGAAUGUUAAGUUGCAUUCUGAUGUUGGUGACCCUCUGCCUAGACUGACACAUAUCGCAGCCUCAUAGGGAAACUUAACUUUCUUAACCAUACUCGCCCUGACAUUUGCUUUGUUGUCCAACACCUUAGUUAGUUUCUCCAAACACUUAGAGUUCCUCACAUGGCUGCUGCUUUACAUGUCUUACGCUACUUAAAAGGGACUUCUGAUGUUGGUCUAUUUCUUAAUGAUUCUGCUGAUUGUUCUUUGGUUGGCUACUGUGAUAGUGAUUGGGUUGCAUGCCCUGAUUCUCGCCGUUCUGUUAGUGGUUUUUGUGUGUUCCUGGGUGGUAGUCUUAUUAGUUAGAAGUCCAAGAAACAACACGUAGUCUCUUUAUCCUCUGCUGAGGCUGAAUAUAGAGCAAUGAGCAAAGUUGUUGAUGAGUUGUCUUGGCUGGUCCGUUUGUUGUCUGACUUGGGCUUACAAGCCCCCACUCCUCUCCCUGUUUUCUGUGACAAUCAAGCUGCCAUUCACAUAGCCAAGAACCCUGUUUUCCACGAGCGCACCAAGCAUAUAGAGGUUGACUGUCACUUCAUCCGUACCAAGUUGGCUGAUGGUUUGAUCUCUUUACAUCAUGUUUCUACUAAUUCCCACUUGGCUGACAUUUUUACCAAGUGCUUGACAGGUGGCGUUCAUCAUUCUUUGGCUGCCAAGUUAGGUGUGUGCCCACCCU